AUGAAGAGAAAGACAAAUGUCCCUAAAAAGGCAUUUUUUACCGAGCAAGUCAGUUCAAUCAUUCAAAAUAAAUAUCCAGUGAAAUGUAAAGACCCUGGAUCUCCUACAAUUUCAUGCAAGAUUGGGGAUCAUCUCAUUGAGCGAGCUUUGCUAGAUUUGGGGGCAAGUGUGAACUUAUUGCCAUAUUCAGUAUACUUACAGCUAGGUUUGGGGGAUUUAAAACCAACAACCAUGACACUUCAAUUAGCUGAUAGGUCUGUGAAAAUCCCUAGAGGUAUUGUUGAGGAUGUGCUAAUUAAGGUGGAUGCAUUCUAUUUUCCUGUUGAUUUUGUUGUGUUAGACACUGAACCUACUCUAAAUGCCAGUACACAAAUCCAUGUCAUUUUGGGUCGCCCUUUCUUAGUCACAUCCAAUGCUUUGAUCAAUUGUCGGAGUGGUGUGAUGAAGAUUUCUUUUGGGAAUAUGACUGUUAAGCUUAAUAUUUUUGACAUAAGUAAGCAAGUACUAGACAAUGAGGAUAUAUGUGAGGUUAACAUGAUUGGGAGCCUAGUCCAUGAUACUUUCCUACAAUCAAGUUGUGAGGAUCCCCCAAAUGCUUGCUUAACCCGUUUUGAUUGCAAUUUGGAUACUGAAAAAUCAAUUGAGGAGGUCAAUGCAUUGUUGGAUUUUGUUCCUCUCUUAAGUAUUGAUAGCUGGCAGCCAAAGGUUGUCCGUUUCCCACUUUCUUCAUCCCCAUUCCCAUCUAUUGUAGAACCACUAAAGUUAGAUGACUUUUGGGAACACCAAUUGAUAAGUAUACUUCAAGAGUAUAAGGAAGCUAUAAGUUGGAGAAUUGCUGAUAUUAAGGGUAUUAGUGCUUCUAUGGUUAUGCAAAGAAUUCACUUGGAAGACACUACAAAAGCUUCUCAACAUGUUUUUGACCCAGCUGAUAUUUGA